GUCCCCUCACUGAGACGAUAGUCCACUCUGAAGCAACACAUCCCGCCGCAAACUGAAUAAUGUCAAAUAUACAGGUGCCUGUUGCAAUGAUUGGGCCAUUGGGAGACAAUCCAGUUCAGAUUGCGUGUCCCAAGUGCCAUCAGACCAUCCUCUCCAAGGUGGACUACUCCUCUGGUGUACUCACCUACCUGUUCUGUGGAGGACUCUUCCUCUGUGGCUUUGUUUUAGGAUGCUGCCUCAUCCCAUUCUGUGUCAACCGCUUGAAAGACGCGAGGCACACCUGCCCCACCUGCAAAUCCAUACUUGGAGUGUAUAAACGCCUAUAACUCAUAUCACAGCUUCAAAGAUCAAUCAAUCCAUCAAUUAGGUGAUCAACAUACAUUAAUCUUUUUUUUAAUAUAAUUCUUGGCUGUAUCUGUUUUCAUGUCUUAAAUUUGUGAAUUUGACACUUUUAUUAGACAUGAUAGUUUGAAGCUUAUAGAUGUUAUAGAUGAUUGACUCAUGACUUGAUUAAAGCCUGGUCUAUCUGGUGCAACGCUGCAUCUAUGUUGUUCCCCUUCGGCUCGCAGUAAACUAUUAUUGAACCAAAAUGUAUUUAACUGACUUGAGUAAAUUUGAUUCUGAUGUUACAACACAGAUGUUGUGAUGUGACAUCAACCCCCAUAUGCUUCCCUCUUUUAUAUCAACAAUAAAUAAAC